AUGCGUGUAGUGAGUAAAGAUAUUGUAAAAGACAAACAGCAGGCGCAGCUUUUCAACAUUGUGAUGAGCGCAAUAAAAUCUGAUGGUGAUGAUGCAGUGGUGUCUAGCAUUUCUUUGGAUAAUUCUGGAAGCAAAAAUGAUAUUGCUUGUAUAGGUACUGUAUCAGAAGCAGCUAUUAUGAGUUUGGAUGUUAUCAAGCGAGCUAAUCCAACGGAUGACUACGAGUUAUUGCAAAGAGUAGGUUCGGGAACGUAUGGUGAAGUUUAUAAAGCCAAACAUAUCAGAACAGGAAAAUUUUCCGCUGUAAAAGUCGUAAAACUCGAAGCGGGUGAUAAUUUUGCUGUGAUUCAGCAAGAAAUUUUGAUGAUACGUGGUUGCGUACAUCCAAACAUUAUUGCAUAUCAUGGUAGCUAUUUACGUCGUGAUAGGUUAUGGAUCGUUAUGGAGUAUUGUAGCGGUGGCUCUCUUCAAGACAUUUAUCAUAUGACUGGUCCUUUAUCAGAGCUGCAAAUAGCGUUUGUUUGCCGUGAAACGUUGAAAGGUCUUCAUUAUCUUCAUUCAAAGGGUAUGGUGCAUCGCGAUAUAAAAGGAGCUAAUAUACUGCUUACGCAUUCUGGUGAUGUUAAACUUGCGGAUUUUGGCAUUGCUGCACAAAUAACUGCAACUAUAGGGAAAAGGAAAUCAUUCAUUGGUACUCCAUAUUGGAUGGCACCAGAAGUGGCAUGUGUAGAACGAAGAGGUGGCUAUGGUGUAGAAUGCGAUGUCUGGGCCGUUGGAAUCACAGCGAUUGAAUUAGCUGAAUUGCAACCACCCCUCUUUGAUUUACAUCCUAUGCAAGUACUCUACCUUAUGACUAAAUCGUCCUACAAAUCUCCAGCUCUUAAAGAUAAGUAUAAAUGGUCUCCAUUCUUUCACGAUUUCAUUAAGCAGUGCUUAACUAAAAAUCCGAAAAAGAGACCAACUCCUGAGAAACUACUUGCUAAUCAUCAUUUUGUUCUUGGAGCUCUUUCUUCUCGAAUGACACGUGAUUUAUUAGAUAAAGUCAACAAUCCUUUUGGCGUAUUACCUCCUUCUGCGUUUUCAUACAAGGAUGAUGAUGAAGAGGGCGAUAAACCAACAAUAUCUCGGAUCAAAUCACGUAGUAGAGCUUGUCCUUGUGUGACUCAAGAUGCAAUUCGUAUAUCUGACGAUGCUAAUUCGCUUAUGGCUCGGAUUUGGGAUCAGCCGUCUACUUCCAAAGAUUCUGUAGUGAAUUUUGGACUACGUUAUCAUGAGGCAAGUUUUGCGGGCUGGCAUGACCGGACUCUUCCCGCCAAAGAACAUCCCCCUUUGCCAGAUGUUGUUCAAGCUUUAUCAUUACUUAACGAUAAUGAUGGUGUUAUACAUGAUACAGAUGAUGGAACUUUGUGUUGCAAAGAAAUCAAUGGUUGCGUUUAUUCAUCUGGUUCCGACUUUUUCAUACCUCAGCGUCCUCCACGCAUCAAACAAUCUACGAAGCGGUCUUCAUCUCUAGAAUCCCCUCAUUCCGAGCCGUGUUUGAACGAGCAAGUAAGACAUCGCGUAAAUGGUUGUUCAAGUUAUGUUCUUCCACGACCUCAGACAUGCUUUGGAUUGCCACCAACACCAAAGGUUGCCAUGGGUGCAUGCUUUUCUCUGAUUUUUCAUGAUUGUCCAUUACAUAUAAAUAGCACCGCAACAUGGGUUCACCCCAAUAAUUCUCGUCAAUUUUUGUUGAUUGGCGCUGAAGAAGGCAUCUUUACAUUAGAUAUGGAUGAAUUACAUGAAGCUGCAAUGAUUCUUAUUCACAAACGACGUUGUUCAUGGUUGCAUGUGCAAAAGAAUAUUCUUAUGGCCAUACAAGGAAAAACUCCCUAUCUCUAUCGCCAUGAUCUUGUUGCCUUAUCACAACGAAAUCUUACACAAAAGAUAUCAAAGCCAAUGAACAAAAUUCCUGAAAAGUACUUGCCAAAGAAACUUGCCAUCACGACUCGUUUACCAGAAACCAAGUAUGAUUUAAAUAUUGCUUUAUCUAGUUUAUUGGUAUUAUUUAUCGUGCAAAGAGAUGUUAUUCACUGCAAUGUGGCGAAAAGUGGUGUAAAUGGUAAUGUUUACCUUUGCUGUGCUACGCCAUCUGCCGUAAUACUAUUCCAGUGGUAUGAACCGUUGACAAAGUUCCUUAUCCUAAAAACUGUUGAAAUGCGUGUGCCGCAUUUUCCUCUACGGCCUUUUCAGUUAAUUUACAGUGCUGGAACAGAUGCUGAUUUUCCGAAGGUUUGCUUAGCAGUUUAUAGAGGAGUAGGGCGCAAAUUCCAUCUUUAUUACGUCAAUUUUAAUGAUGAACGAGUGCACUGUGAUUUGAAUGAAAAAGAUCGAACUGAGGCAGUUUGUCUUAGCGUUGUGGCAUUAAAACAAAUUGAUCGGAAUGCGUUAUUAUUGUGCUAUGGGAAUCGGUGUGUCGUGAUAAAUCAAGAAGGUUUCAUCAAGUCGUCUCGUCUUUCACCUUCCCAGUUCAAAUUUGUUUUCCAAUUUGAAUAUGUUGUCUCAUUGUCGGAUUCAAUUCUUGCUUUUCACUCACACGGAGUGCAGGGUAAGGCGUUCGUUGAUGGGUCAAUUACUCAAGAUAUUAAUGAUCAUAAUAAUAUAUACCAAGUUGUUGGAAGUGACAAAUUAGUGGUAUUGAAGCGAAGAGAAGCAUUCGCAGCUAAAGACUUUUGCGACCUUUGCAUAUUAACUGGACACGAGAGUACAUUGGCGGGAUGA